AUGAAGAGGCGCUCGUCGGGUUCGACCGACGACAGCGACGAACCUUCUGCCGAGCCUCCUGCUGUCCAACAGCCUGCUCACAGCCCCAACUCUGUCGCACAUCCCAAUCAACCACCAGUUGCCCCGAGACCGUCUUCUGCGAGAAGUAGACGAACGACCAACGUCAAUUGGAAGCUCGAACAUGGACCGAAUGGAUCGCUCGAGAACCGUUCCAUAACUGCGUCGUCGUCGCCGUUCCCAUCCCUGGCUGCGCCAUCGCCUGUGUACCGAAUUAACCAACUGACAAACCACCACGACCCUCAAAGUAUAGGCGGGACCGAACAGCACGACGACAACGACGAGGACAACGCGACCAACCACGAUCAGGACGACAAAGAGCAUAUGGCUUCCGAAAAAAUGGCAGAGCCGCGCUUGGUCGGUCGCCGCUCCCGUUUUCGCAGCCCAUGGUCCAUCACCAUUCUUGCUCUCGCUUCUACAGUUCUUGGCAUCACUCUACUUUGUGCUAUCUUGAACUCGUCGUGGACUCGUCAGCUCGAUGCCAAGGGUUGUCGCAUGUCUUAUAUGCGGCCUUCCUAUAUCCGACUACGCGAUUUCGAUACUGAGCAUACUCGUUUUGCAACAAAAUACUCUCUGUAUCUGUACCGCGAGCAGGGAGUCGACGACGAAAGAAAGCUCAAGGGCGUUCCGGUCCUCUUUAUCCCGGGUAAUGCCGGUAGUUAUAAGCAAGUACGACCGAUAGCAGCAGAAGCGGCAAACUACUAUCAUGAAUCGCUUCAGCACGAUGAAGCUGCCGCUGCUGCCGGCGCCCGCAAUCUUGACUUUUUUACCGUCGAUUUCAACGAGGAUAUUACUGCAUUUCACGGACAGACGAUGCUGGAUCAGGCAGAAUACUUAAAUGAGGCCAUUCGAUAUAUAUUAUCGCUUUAUAUGGACCCGCGCAUGUCCGCUCGCGAUGCGGACUUGCCAGACCCGACAUCAGUUCUAAUCUUGGGUCAUUCCAUGGGUGGCAUUGUGGCGCGUACUAUGCUCAUUAUGCCGAACUACCAGUCUAAUUCGAUUAACACUAUCAUUACUAUGUCUGCACCCCACUCACGCCCGCCCGUUACCUUUGACGGCCAAAUUGUAAGCAUUUAUGAGGAUAUUAACGAGUACUGGCGUCGAGCUUAUUCGCAACAAUGGGCCAACAACAACCCGUUAUGGCACGUCACGCUUGUCUCUAUUGCUGGUGGAGGCCUAGACACGGUUGUUCCGUCCGACUAUGCCAGUGUCGAGUCAAUCAUCCCAGAGACACAUGGCUUCACAGUUUUUACCACUGGUAUUCCCAAUGUUUGGACCAGUAUGGAUCAUCAGGCCAUUCUGUGGUGCGACCAGUUCAGAAAGGUUGUUGCCCGGGCCAUGUACGACGUGGUUGACGUCCACAGGUCUUCGCAGACGAAACCAAGAGCUGAAAGGAUGAGAGUAUUUAAAAAAUGGUUUCUUACAGGCAUGGAAUCAAUUGCUGAAAAAAAUUUACCUUCUGAAGGACCAACAACACUUCUAACACUUGAAGACAACUCGAACGCCAUUAUGGGCCAAGGAGAGCGUCUGGUCCUGCGACAACUGGGGCACGAACCGAAACCAAGGGCAUAUCUUCUUCCAGUGCCGCCUCAAAGCUCACCUGAGGGGAAAAGGUUUACACUUUUGUCCGAUGUUAGCCCAGAUAUACCAGGAGAGCACGGCAAACUUGAGGUUUUAUUUUGUAGCGUUUUCACCCUGCAGCCUGGCCAAGCCACGACUUUGUUCUCUAUGAACAUGGAUCUCUCGGGCGACAGCACAGGAACCACUCGAUUGGCUUGCAAGAAUGCCGCAUCUGACGCCAUGCUUCUGCCCGCUUCAACCAGAGCUCUACACCACCCUUUUCCUUUGGAAAACGAGCCUAUCAUCCGCCCGUUCUCCUACCUCCAGUAUGACACCGAAGACAUCGCGGAUCAUCAAUUUGUUGCUGUCAUUGACAAAGCCUUCAAACCCUCUCAAAACUUUGUCGUGGCCGAAUUCAGUGACCAUUCUCAAUCGCACAGGAGACGUAAUAUAAGCCUACGACGACUAUUGGCCUUUGGAAUGACAUUGAGACUUCCUCCCAAUCGUCCAAUGGUCGCGGAAAUCAACGUGCCUACACUACAGUCCAGCCUGCUGGCUUACAAUCUGGAGAUUGGCAAUCAAAUGUGUGGCGGUACUACCGAGCUCUUCUCCCCCCUUAUCCGACAACAUUUGGCUCAACCUUAUGAGUCCAAAUUCUUCGUCAAUGCUAGACAUGCGAGCAUUAGCAUACAUGGAGUCGCGCCUUUCGUCCCUCCCCCCUUACGACCAAAAAAUCAUGACGAGCAAGGACUUAGUUUCCAGUUCUGGACGGACCCGACGUGCGAAUCCAGCAUUCAGAUAAGAUUAACAGUGGAUGCUCUGGGAAGUCUGGGAAAGUUGUACAUGCGUUACCGAACUGUCUUUGCUGCCUUUCCGUUGCUUGUGGUGGCGCUGGUACUUCGUAAGCAGUUUAGGGUCUAUGACACGACGGGCACGUUUAUAUCGUUUUCGGAGAGUUUGGAUCUUUGUCUACGACAAUCCUUGCCCCUGAUGCUGCUCUCGUUGACGUUCCUCUCUCUGUCAAUGACAGGAACUUGGCCAGCAGGUGCUGGGAGUCUUUGGCACUGGCGCAACACAACGUCGCCUACUGGUGAUUUCCACGAUAAUGAUCUUCUCACAGGUACUCAGGAUCCAUUCUUCUGGUUUUUGGUACCUCUGAUUGGAGUGGUUUGUAUCGGCGUUUGUGCAGUGCUUCAUUUUCUCACAUUAGCCUUGACGCAGCUCCUUGGCCUCGUCUAUGCUUGGGUAGUCCUCUAUCCCUUCGGCCAAGGCAGAGAUGAGCGACGAAGAACGCAUUUGCCAAUCCUUGCCCCUUCGUCGCCUCGACGCCGCAUGAUUACUACUGCGGUCCUCCUAUUUUUGGUGUCGACCUUCAUACCUUAUCAAUUCGCAUACUUGGUUGCUUGCCUUGUUCAGCUAUUCACUGUUGUCCGAGCCCUCAGAAUAGCUUCAGAGAUCAAGUCGGGGCCAAACUACGACUUCUAUCAUUAUGCGCACUCCAUACUGCUACUCAUGCUUUGGGUUCUUCCGAUCAACUUGCCUAUUCUGGCUGUUUGGAUUCGCAACCUUGCAGUACAUUGGCUGACGCCCUUUUCUUCACACCACAAUGUGUUGUCAAUUAUGCCGUUCAUACUACUUGUGGAGAAUCUUACGACCGGUAAAAUGGUACCUAGAGUUACCGGCAACUUAAGGCACCUCACAAGUAUUCUUUUGUUCGGCACAGCGAUUUACGCGGCUAUAUACGGCGUCUCAUAUGCCUACAUGCUGCACUACCUCGUCAACCUCGUGGCCGCAUGGUUGGUCGUAAUACAUUCCACCUCUGACACCUGGCCCCUUGUCGGUUUGAGCUCAAUAUUCGAAAACAGCGCAAGUGAAAACCGGAAGCGGGGCAAGACGCCCUGA